AUGCCUCGUAUGAAGUCCUUCCGCCGUUCCCAGGCCGCCCGGAGGAGAGUGGAGGAGCAGCGCAUCGUCAUGCUGGGUCGUCAGCAUUCUCCCUGUGGCACCCUUGAACGCCGUGGCACCGGCUGGCGCCACAAGGUGGAGAAAUGGCCGACCUCUCUGCUGACUGGCCGUCAGCACAAGUUGGUCAUUCCAGAUGAUGCCCCCGGCAAGAAGUUGGUUCUUCUUGUCGGUGCCUCGCAUCUGCGAAGCUUCGCAGAUCGACACGUGCCGAUGCCAGAGGGGUGCCUGUCCUUCGCUGUCAUGUCGACGCCGGGGGCCUGUGCAGCUCAGUUGAGGACCGAGGUGCUGAACGCUACGGUACCUCGGACCCCUGACUUGGUCUGUCUCAUGGCUCCUAGCAACAACCUGACAGCGAGCCGGACAGUGGACGAGGGCCGGGCCGACUUCGCCAAGCUCCUGUGCACGGUCUGCACACGCUGGCCUAAGGUGAUCGUCAUGGACUUCGUGCCGCGUUUGGUGGUGGAUGAGGAGCUCCAGGGCCACUUCCGGAACGCCUUCAGCCAGGUUGCUGCACGCAUGGGUGUCCCGUACAUCCAUACUGCAGACAACUUCCCCACCUUCCGCAAGGAGCAUCUAAAGCUGUGGUGCAGAGACGGCGUCCACUUGAGUGACAAGCACGGGAUGCCUGUGCUUGCUGACUUGUUGUGGAAUGCCGCCUACACCCAGCUGGCGGUGCCUCCACCAGAGCCCCAGGUGCCUCGCAGGACGUCACCUGGGUCGGCAGCGCCGAGACGCCUUCCACGAGUGGUCGUCAAGGGGGAGAUUGUCGCUCCGCGGCAGUCAGACCCCUUCGGCUGGUCACUUGUGGAGGGGCGUGGGAAGAGGCGACGCUCCGGGGAGGAGGGGGAGGAGUCGUGCGGCGCGGGCAAAAGUGGGAAGCUUCAGCAGCCGGAGCUGGAGGUGCCCUUCCCACUUAACCCGGUGCGGUUCAGCAGCGCCGUGAUGGAUGCGUUGGAGAGGGCCGCUCCAUCCGAUCUGUCCAGCCCUGUGUGCACUGCGCCACCUGGCAAGAAGAAACCCCGCGUGGACCGUCAGCCCAAGGCAGCCACUUCCAAGAGGAGACAGGCUCCGCAGCAGGUAAAGGCUGUUGUGGAGACUGCUCCUGUGGAAGUGGUCGUGACGCAGAGGGAUGCUCCUGCUGCCUGCGUCACAGAGUCAUCGCUCCCCAGCCCCGUGGACGUGGUCGUGACGCAGAGGGAUGCUCCUGCUGCCUGCGUCACAGAGUCAUCGCCCCCCAGCCCGAUGGAGGAAGACUUCCCUAGAUGCGUCAAAGGUAGGACAGAUUUUGAUUCUUCCUGUUCAGGUUCAGUGUGUUCGGACACUGAUGUUACUGCUGACCACGAGGACUGUACAUCUGCUAAGGUUAAAUGGGUUAGGGGAAGUUUCCAUCAGGGCAAUCGUAGAUUUAAAUACCCAGGGGUUCAGUGUAUGCCCAUAGCUUUAGCAAGCUUGGCUCAACACACAGUCAACAGUGUUUUCUCGUGGCGGCGUCGCGAUUUGGAUCAUGUUCUCCAUCUAGGCGAUGACUUGUACGCGUUUUUGCGUGAGGACAGGAGGAUCAGUGGUACUUUCGAGGUCUUGUCUGUUCCUGAAUUGCCAGGACAACAUGUUUUUGACGGGCAGCAGUUUACCUUCGAUUAUGGUAGUGACUAUGUAAGUGGUGUGGUCGAUGUAGUUGAUGGAGAACUUGUUGAGGCUGGUUUUCACACCUCUCUCCUAAACGGAUUGGAGAGGAUGCUUGGCAAAUAUAGCACAUGUUUGAUGACCCUGGGUGGUACUACAUGCGCCGUUAUUAGUCAGAAUGGUAGAUAUGCUGUUGUUGAUUCACACGCACGCAACGCUGCUGGAAUGGUAGGUCUUUAUGGUCGAAGUAUAGUUGCGUAUUUUAGUUGUGUUAGAGACCUGCAUGAGUAUGUAUGCAAUUUGGCUGCAUCACUCAAUGCAUAUCACGCAGGUUUUGAGAUAGCCGGUGUGUGUGUCUUUCACAUAGUGUUUGAUGAUGCUCCUGCUGGUGAUGCAGAUGUUGUAGUUGUUGGUGGUGAUGCUCCUGCUGGUGAUGCAGAUGUUGUGGUUUGUGGUGAUGCUACUGCAGAUGAGGUCGUGUCUGUGAUAGUUGAUGCUCCUGCUGAUGAUGCAGAUGUUGUGGUUGUUAGUGGUGAUGCUACUGCAGAUGAGGUCGUGUCCGUGAUUGUUAGUGGUGAUGCUCCUGCUGAUGAUGCAGAUGUUGUGAUUGUUAGUGGUGAUGCUACUGCAGCUGAUUCAGAUGUUGUGGUUGUUAGUGGUGAUGCUACAGCAGCUGAUUCAGAUGUUGUGUUUGUUAGUGAUGAGACGUGUAAACAGCUGCAGUUUGAUCCCCUCAGUAAGGAGGUUGCCCAGUCGGUUUGUAAACGGGUAAAUGUAGAGUUUGAGAAGGUUGAUGAGGUAGUGUCUGUAGGAGUUGGUUUGUUAGGGUCUCCUUGUAAGAAGGAGAACAUAGUGGCUGAUGGGAACUGUUUCUUUAGGGCAGUGUCUCUAGCUGUGAGUGGAACACAGAAGAGUCAUAGGAAGAUUAGACUCGCUGUUGUUAAGCAUCUAGAGAAGAAUGCAUCACAAUAUAAUGACAUUUUGAGAAGUGAGUAUUCUUCAGUGGCAGAUUAUAUCAGGGAGUCAAAGAUGAGCUAUGUUGGCAGCUGGGCAACAGAGGUGGAAAUUCAGGCAGCCGCAGAUUGUUUAGGAGUUGAUAUCUUUACAUUUUGUGAUGGUAGAUGGCUUGAAUAUAGCUGUAAGUUUAAUGGUUUGUCUAGACAGGGGAUUUAUUUGGAAAAUUGUAAUGGUAACCAUUAUGAAACGGUUGUUUGUGUUUAUGAGCCUCAACUGCAGAGGUGUUAUGGUUUGUGUAAUGUGAGUAGUUCGGAUUGGAAAGUUUAUGAUAUGAGACGUCGUAGUGUAGAGGGUUGUUCACUGGAAAGUCCAGCGUGUAAGAGAGUGAAAACUGUUGAUUGUGCAGGUGUGAAUAGUAAUAGUUGUCUUUCCAAGUUUUUGAAAAAUAAGAGGAAAUCACAAAUGAAAAUGAAAUAUCAGGAUAGUGUGCUGAAUAGGGAGAAGAAAAUGGAAAUGCGCAAUAAGAAAUAUCGUCAGGAUGUGUUGCUGAGGGAGAAAGAAAAAGGGGAAAGUAUUGGGAAAUUUAGUGAUGGGUCGAUGCAUUCGGUGAAGGAAGUCGUAGAUUUGAAUAGGAGUAAAUUUGAGAUUAAUGCCGACGAGUUGGAUGAGAUUCAGGAAAUGAUAGGUUUAGACGGUGUAGCAGAAGAUGCCUGGGGUGAAUUGUGUCCAGAGCAGGAGGUGGAGCGUUUAGAGUGUCAGCAGGAACGGGAAGAGAAAAAGAGAGAGCAGGUAGCAGAUGAUGAAGAUGUUGUGAAUAUUCCAGACUUAGCUGGAUUGCUGCGUACAAUUUGCACGGAACAACCAUUCACAGCACAUUUAGCAUUGGCAAAGAUGUUCGCCUUCCCUACGUACCUUUGGGUGAGGAAAAGUUUGCCUCCGCCUGACUCCAGCCUGGUUGGUCCAGCCCCAGUUUCAGCCCUGAGCUCAGGCUUUUGGCCCAGCCCUCGUCCCAGUCUCCCAGUUACCUUCCUGCAAUAA